GACAGCAACGAACCUUCUAAGCUUUAGCCUAGAACCACCCCCAAGCCCCGGAGCACACUGGCACUUCAAUUGAAUUUCCAGGCAAAAUGAAAAUUCAGGAGUAUUUUGGAAGAAUAUCUUACAACAAGCCCCAUAAGGAUGCAGACUUGCAAACCCUGACAGCCAUCUUCCAGCAUCACAUCCACAGCAUUCCUUUUGAGAACCUCAGCAUGCACUGUGGGGAGCCCAUUGAACUGGAUUUGCAGGCUAUUUACAAUAAGAUUGUGAGAAAGAAACGUGGUGGAUGGUGCCUGGAAACCAACUACCUCCUCUUCUGGGCCUUGCAAGAAUUAGGGUAUGACAUCUGUAUUCUUGGUGCAAACAGCUAUGAACCAGCAGAGAAGGGAUACACUGCUCAGAUAAACCAUAUCCUGCUGAAGGUGGUGAUCAAGGGAGAGCCCUACAUAGUAGAUGCUGGGUUUGGUGGUGCCUACCAGAUGUGGCAGCCGCUGAUGCUGAUUUCUGGGAAGGACCAAGCCCAGGCUCCUGGCAUUUUCCGCUUCAUGGAAGACAACGGCACCUGGUACUUGGAGAAAGUCAAAAGGAAGCACUACAUUCCUGAGCACAGCAAGAAUGACUUCCCUCAUACUCCAGAACUGGGGAAUAUCCGAAAAAUACAUAAAUUUACCCUCGAGCCACGGCACAUAGAUGACUUCCAGGAGCUAAAUGCGUACCUCCAAGUGUCUCCAGAUAACAUCCUUCGGAAGAAGUCAAUCUGCAGUCUCCAAACCACCAGUGGGGUCCUUGCCUUAGUUGGAUGGACCCUCACAGAGAUGAAGUACAACUACACAGAGGACAUGGACCUGGUGAACAUCACAACCCUUACAGAUGAAGAGGUUGAGAAGACACUGAAAGAUAAAUUCAGUAUAGAACUGGAGAGCAAACUCGUACCAGUAAAUGUUCGUGGCUUGCCACCUAAUUUAGUGGAUAAGAUAUAA